AUGGCUGCCUCCCCCGCCAUGACAGAUCCGCUUGCGGCUCUUCCGCCGGAGAUUGUCCUCCGCAUCCUUGACUUCACGCCUGUCUCUACACUAGGCUCUCUCAUUUGCGUAUCACGUGCUUGGCAGCAAUUCAUCGACCAUACCCACCAAGACGCCAUCUACUCCUCUCCCUCCAAAACAGUACAGCCACCAAAGCGUCUACAACCACACAGCAGCGCUCGCGAUUUUUCUUUCCUUGAAAACUCUACCAGUUUUUCUAAAUUCUUCGACAAUGUCACAUCUUGGAAAGACUUGUGCAAGCGCCAAACCUUGCUUGAGCGCAAUUGGAAUGCGCCACGGCCUGUGACUCGCGAAUCUGUCCUACAGGUUGGCAAUGAUGCCAUAUGGCGGUUCAAGGUAGACUUCAAACGUCGCUUGUUCAUAUCUACUUCACAUGCUGGUGGCUUCAACGUUACGGAUAUGGACUCAGGCCGCCUCUUGUGGCGGUUACCUUCCGUGCUAGAUACAGCAGAAGAGCAUGCUGUUAGACCAUACGCGCAUCUCGAAUACCAAGAUGGGACUGCAGUGUUUGAUCGUGAGGGUGAUGCACUGGAGGUAUGGCGGAUAGAUCAAGAGGGCACCGAAAGAGGAGUAUUCAAGCGUAUUGCUGUCCUCGAUCAUGAUUGUCAGACGAGAGGAUUUCAGCUUUCGUAUUGGACGUUGGUAGUCGUUUCGGUGGAAGGUCAGGGCUUCGUGUAUGACAUGAAGCAAACCCCACCGAAGCUCACUACCCAUCUUACCAUCGAGCAAGAUGCAGUAGGCCAUCUGGAUCAAAACGAGGAUAUGGUAGUUUACUCAAUGGGCAUACGCGGGUAUCAUGUGUAUGAUAAAGAGUCGGGAAACUGCUUAGGCCAUCUGCAGCCAUCGCAUUGCACAGACAAAUACUGUGUGCAUCGGCUACCACCCGUAAACGAUCCCUCUUUCAGGGAAUCAAUGUAUGGAUUACGCCAUGGUCAGACCAGGCGGAUCUUCCCUCCCGCCUCGCCACGUAGAAAUCGCUUUACUCCUAUUGAGCUCGGUAAGGGCCCCCUGCCGAACGCGCCUGAUGACCCAAAUCACCCCAGGAAUGGCGAGGAUGAGUGGGGCGCCGGUAUGCUAGACCGCGAUAGCAACCUCUUCGUUGGCUUCUCCCGCCUCGGUCGCGUUUUCAUAUGCUCCGAUAUUCGUAAGGCACUUGAAGAUGGGGCUAAGAGCAUGGCCAGCUAUAGCCAGAUUCUCGAGUGUGAUUCCGACGGAUCGGACUUUGAUCUCGGCGGAUGGUUAUCCGUGCGAAACCACCGCGUCAUGUUUGGAAUCCAAAAUAGAAUAUAUGUCGUCGCGCUAAACGCAGAAAAUCGACUUGACUUUGAAGACGGCAAGAACAGGAAUCGAGCUUCAUACUCACUCCUUACGGGCUCGACACCUCAAUUGAUGGUCCCAGUCAGUUUCAUGGCAUUGUAUGACGAUUGCAUUAUGACAACAUACGCUACUAUUGGCCAGCGACAAGAAGACGAUGGGCCCGGUCGCAUUUUUCCGACAAAAGCAAUACGCAUUCUUAGUUUAGCACCUUCUCUUGACAACAGCGAUCAUACAACUACAGAUUUGGAAGUGCAAGCGCAGAGACCGCGGAAUACGCUGAUGGAGCUUUGGAUGAUGUUUAAUGAUGAGCCGAGCGAUGGAGAGGAUACUUGGAGGACUAUAGAUGGACAUGACUUGGAUGAUGAGUGGGAAGAUGAGGAAGACGAGGGUGAAUGA